UGCCGGAGAGAGAGGCUGGGGCAGGCGGGAGAGGCUGCCCGAGGUCCCCGCGGGUCCCUCCCGAGCAGCCCGUCCGUCAGCCCGGCACUCUGCUUGAGCGCUCCCCUUACCUGGGAGGCUACUGAGCUUUCGAAGAGGUUUGUUGUGGAAAAGCCUCAUUAGGCUCGAAAAAUUAAGUGUGUACUGAAGCAUGUUUUUACCAAGAUCUGUUAAAGUCAAGAGGACUGCUGAUGAGGACAAAAGCUGUACAGCUAAGAAAAAUAAACUGUCUUCUGGAGGACCUUUGCUAGAGGACACCACCAAGUUCCAAGACUGUAAGUCAGUUAGAACAGAAACUUUUCCUUCAGCGUGCAAUUUGAAUGAAAUUGUACAAGAACACACAGAGCCUGUAGCUGGAGACCUUGAUGCUGCUAAUGCAACGUUGGGAAAGGACAGCCAAAAUACUGAUGAAGACAGCCCUUUGGAAGAACCCAUAAAAUCCUUCAGCAAAUCCCAGCGUUGGGCAGAACCCGGAGAACCUGUGUGUGUGGUGUGUGGUCGCUAUGGAGAGUAUAUCUGCGAUAAAACAGAUGAAGAUGUUUGUAGUUUGGAGUGUAAAGCCAAACACCUUCUACAAACUCAAGCAAAGGAAGAACAGCUGACAUCUGAUCAACUCACAAACUCUGAAGCAGAAGCUCACCUGCCUCAUGCACCUUAUUUCUACAAAGAUCAUUCCUUUAUUUUAGGUUUGCGAGAUGAGCAGGUUGAGAACCUUAAGCUGCAGCUGGGUAUUGCUGUCCAGGGCCAGCAAGUUCCAAGACCUAUUGUAGAGUUUGAACACUGUGGUUUUCCUGAAACUUUAAACCAUAAUUUGAAGAAUUCUGGCUAUGAAGUCCCAACUCCCAUCCAAAUGCAAAUGAUCCCUGUUGGACUAAUGGGGCGGGAUAUUGUGGCUAGUGCAGACACCGGCUCUGGAAAAACAGCAGCCUUCCUACUCCCUGUUAUUAUGAAGGUUUUGAAUGAGACAGAAACUCCAUCUGCCCUUAUUUUGGCACCAACAAGGGAGUUGGCAAUUCAGAUAGAGAGACAAGCUAAGGAACUGAUGGCUGGUUUACCAAACAUGAGAACAGUUCUCCUGGUAGGAGGUUUGCCACUGCCUCCACAGCUUCACCGGCUCAGGCAAAGUGUUAAGGUUAUAAUAGCAACACCUGGAAGGCUUCUUGAGAUUUUAAAGCAAAGUUCUGUUCAACUGCAUGGCAUAAAAAUUGUAGUGGUGGAUGAAGUGGAUACCAUGUUAAAAAUGGGUUUCCAGCAGCAAGUGUUGGAUAUUUUGGAAGACAUCUCACAGGAUCAUCAAACCAUACUGGUGUCAGCCACGAUUCCAGUGGGCAUUGAACACUUGGCAAAUCAGCUUCUGCACAAUUUUGUAAGAAUAACGAUUGGAGAGAAGAAUCUGCCAUGUUCCAAUGUUCGCCAGAUUAUCUUGUGGGUAGAAGAACCAUCUAAAAAGAAAAAGCUGUUUGAAAUACUAAAUGAUGAGAAGCUCUUCAAGCCUCCAGUGUUAGUGUUUGUGGACUGUAAACUAGGAGCAGACCUGUUGAGUGAUGCUGUUCAUAAGAUUACAGGAUUGCAGUGCACAGCUAUGCAUUCUGAAAAGUCUCAGGUGGAAAGAACAGACAUAUUACAGGGAUUACUUCAAGAGAAGUAUGAAGUUAUAGUAAGUACUGGAGUCCUUGGACGAGGGCUUGACCUUGUCAACGUCAAACUGGUAGUGAAUUUUGAUAUGCCUUCAAGUAUGGAUGAAUAUGUACACCAGGUUGGAAGAGCGGGAAGGCUGGGUCACAGCGGAACUGCAAUUACUUUUAUCAAUAACAACAGCAAGAAGCUCUUUUGGGACGUUGUAAAAAGAGUAAAACCUACAGGCAUCAUUCUUCCCCCACAGCUGCUUAAUUCCCCAUAUCUGCAUGACCAAAAGAGAAGGGAACAACAGAGACUUAAACAGUUACAAAAUAGCCUUGUAACAGGAGAUAAUAUUAUGGACAUUAUUAGAAAACACAACAAAAAUAAUUCUCAGAGGUAAUAAAGAUAUAUUUAUAGUUAUGUAAUUACCAUGAAACUGUGAUUAAAAAUAAACAUGAAAUGAUGGUUUGUGUACUGCCUUUUUUAAAGAAGUUUGUCAGUUUUUUAAGGAGGCUCAUUUUUAUCUCAUCUUUAUUUUGAAAUACAGGCUGUGUGUUUGAAUUACAGUAGUGCCUAGUAAAAAUACUCUGUAACCCUGUUAUAA